GGGUGGUAGUGUUUGUUUGCCGCAGUUACACUCCCAAGUCGCUGCGCAGAUUGGGAUUGGGCGUGGAAGAUGAAAAUGCUAUCCACACUUCAAACCCCUCGCUCCCUCUCUCGCCUCUCUCUCAUUCCCUCCAACACCUUCACUUGUCACACGUUCACUUCACGCGCUUCCCUCACAGACCAAUCCGUCACUACCACUACACCCGUGCCGCCGCAAUCCCAAAUCCUUUCCCUCCGCCACUCCCUCCUCUCCCGCCACCUCACCGCCGCAGACCUCGCCCGCUCCUACCUCACGCGCCUCCGCCUCUCCGAGCCUCACCUCCGCUCCUUCAUCCAUCUCCCCGAUGACGACGCUAUCCUCGCCCACGCACGCCGCCUCGACGCCAAAAUCGCCGCAGGGGAGGAACUCGGCCCCCUCGCCGGCGUGCUCGUCGGCGUGAAGGAUAACAUCUGCACCGCCGACAUGCCGUCGACCGGCGGGUCCCGCAUCCUGGAGGGAUACAGGCCGGCGUUCGACGCGACGGCGGUGAAGAGAGUGAAGGAAUUGGGUGGCAUUGUUGUUGGUAAGACCAAUUUGGAUGAGUUUGGUAUGGGCAGCACCACUGAAGCUUCUGCAUUUCAGGUGACUGCUAACCCGUGGGAUGCGUCCAGGGUGCCAGGAGGAUCGUCAGGAGGUUCAGCAGCUGCAGUUUCUGCCAGGCAGUGUGUGGUAUCGUUGGGAAGUGAUACUGGUGGAAGUGUGAGGCAGCCGGCAUCUUUUUGUGGUGUUGUAGGUUUGAAGCCAACAUAUGGGCGCGUCUCAAGAUUUGGACUUAUGGCAUAUGCAUCGUCACUUGAUGCCAUUGGCUGCUUUGGUUCAUCGGUCGCUGAUACUGGGAUUCUCCUUCAUGCAAUUGCUGGCCAUGAUAGAUUUGAUGCCACCUCAAGUAAGCAGGACGUACCCAACUAUCUAUCUCAUUUUGCCCCUGUGAGUUCCUUGGAAAGUAAGCCCUUGAAGGGACUGCGAGUUGGUCUGAUCCGUGAAACUAUUGAUGAUGGUGUUGAUGCUGGAGUAAUUUCUGCCAUUCGUGCUGCUGCUUUGCAUUUUGAGGAAUUAGGAUGCUCUGUGAAUGAGGUCUCACUGCCAUCCUUUUCCCUUGGGUUGCCAGCAUAUUAUGUCCUUGCUGUGUCUGAAUCAUCUUCCAACUUGUCUCGUUAUGAUGGUAUUAGAUAUGGAAACCAAGUUUAUGCUGAUGAGCUAGAUUCUCUUUAUGGAGUUUCUCGAGCCAAAGGAUUUGGUUCUGAGGUCAAAAUGAGAAUUUUGAUGGGGACAUACGCCCUUUCAGCUGGUUACUAUGACGCAUAUUACAAGCGUGCGCAGCAGGUAAGGACCAUAAUUAGGAAUAGCUUUAAGGAGGCACUAAACCAAAAUGACAUCUUGAUUUCCCCUGCAGCCCCUUCAGCUGCUUAUAAAAUUGGUGAGAAGAAAAAUGAGCCUUUGGCUAUGUAUGCAGGUGACAUCAUGACUGUAAAUGUUAAUCUAGCUGGACUACCUGCCUUGGUUUUGCCAUGCGGAUUUGUUGAUGGUGGGCCGGCAGGCCUUCCUGUUGGCCUGCAAAUGAUUGGUGCAGCAUUUGAUGAGGGAGAGCUGCUGAGAGUGGGACAUAUCUUUGAGCAAACUCUUGAAAAUUACAGAUUUGUUCCACCAAUUGUAGCUGAUGACAUUGUAUACUGAGUACAAGUUAUCAUCCAACAUUUUGGUGAUCCAUCAAUAAUUCCAAGAGUUUCAUGGCAAUGAGGUAGCUGAAGCAUGUGUUUUUGGGCAGUUCAUUGUAUGCUAGUGGGAUUCAAAUUAGUAAAUUUAAGGACAGUAUGGAUUUUGAGUCUUUUGACACAGGCAAUACCUCUUUAAAUGUUCUAGUCACGCAACUGAAACUGGGUCAAGUGAGCUUGAAAAUUCACUAUUUGAAAUUGAAUAUGUUCAUAAUAAACCUUCAAGUAGUUUUUGAUGAGGGGGCUCGCCUGCAGUGGUUAGCAAUUGUAUGAAUAAUUAAUAUGUUGUGUUUAUUCAUUGUAAAUCUAGCUAGAUUGGUCGUGUGUAAAAGAGCAAAAUGGUCUUUUGCUCUAAAUUUUUUUUUUCCCUUGUAAUUUAUGCUUAAGGAUUUAUUUCGUUAUUAGUUUCUUCAAACUUUUGAAUAAGGAUUUUUGUUUGAAUUUUUAAUUUCUUUUGGAAUUUGCUUGAAUACGUGGCUUUAAUCAGUCUACUGUUUGCACCGGUAUGUGCUUGU